AUGCACUUACGUCAUUAUUAUCGCCAUCAAAAUAAAAUUUCAAGGCCACUAUUUUAUUUGUUAUUAUUUAUUUUGGCUUUUUUAUUUUUAAUUUGGUGGAAUUCUUUAACUGAAAAUGUUGUUGAAAUGCCUCAUAGACAACGACUACUGCCACCACCAAUUUUUAAAAAAUUCAGGCAACAUUCAAAAUUUGAAGAGGACGGAAAUAAUCAAAUGACCUUUAAAGAAGAACCAGAAAAUCAACCUCCACCUCCAUUAAUGCCUGUUGCUGUACCUCCACCAAAAAAGGCAAAUGUUGUUCAAGUAACAAUUUAUAUGGAAGCACAAUGUCCAGACACAACGGGUUUUAUCAGACGCCAAUUAUUGCCUUCCUGGUCGAGGCUGAGUUCUACACGAAGAUUAAACGUAACUCUUGUGCCUUUUGGAAAAGCUAGUUGUGUAGCUGAAGAGGAUGAUUACAAAUGUGACUGCCAACACGGAAAAGAUGAAUGCGAAUUGAAUCAGUUAAUGAAUUGUGCAAUAGAACAUUUACCAGAUCCAGAAAGCCAUAUUCCUUUAAUUGGAUGUGUUCAAGGCAAAGACAAUUUAAUUGCAGCUUUUAGAAGUUGUUUAAAUGGGCAUUCUUCUUCUGAUUUAUUAUGGACUUGUUCUAUAGGCAAACUUGGCCGCCGCCUUCACGCUCUCGCUGGAAACAAAACAAUUUCUAUCGGUGAUUCUUUUAAUUUUGUUCCAUGGGUUGUUUUGGAUGGUCAAAGGGAAAAUGAUGCAUUUUAUGCUUUAGAAGAGAAUCUCUGUAAACGGAUACAUGAUCCAGUACCAAAACAAUGUCUCAAGUUUUUGUGA